AUGCCAAGACGUCGGAUACGUGUUAAUGAUGAUGAUGACUUGGAUAGUGAGGUUGAUCGAACAUUUGAUGCCUUGGAAAAAGAUAGUCGACGUGGUUCACAUCGCAAAUCGGCAGUUUUGCGUACACAGAAGGACGAAGAUGAGGAACGGCAGAAAAUUUUAAUGGAUAUGAAUGCUAGAGCUGUUGAGAAAGAAAACCCAGCGAAAAAUGAACGUUUACUGGAAGCAAUGAAAAUUGCUGUUACGAAAGCCAAGCAAUUGGCUGCUCGUGCUUUCCAGGAAGAUCUUAUCGAUAGAUUACCGAUUGUUGUGGAAAAGGAACCUCUAUAUCAAGCUGGAUCUUUACUCGAUGCAAGUGCACGAAUUUAUUCCUUUCGUGUGGAUGCUACGCAUUUAGAAGCAUAUGAUGUUCGAUCAAAGUUAGGGGAUAAAUCUCAGUUCGAUAACAGUAAAAAUAAUAAGAAGGAUAUCUCACUCAAUGACGAUAGUGAUAACGGUAAUGAAGAAGUGAAUUCGGAUAAUGAAGGAAAUACUGAUAAAAAAGAAGGUAAGGAUAAGACGAAAAACAAAGGGCAGUUGGAUGAAGGGAACAGUGAUUCUGAUAUUGGUUUGGAAGAUGGUUCUGCUAAAAAUGAUGAUAUCUAUGAUGCUGUUGAUUUUCCGAUCUAUAUUGAUGACUCAUCUUCCGGGACGGAAGAUGAACAAACAGUACUGGAAGCUAGUGAAAUUGUGACGAAGUUCACGAAUAGAUGCGAUAAAUCUCACGAAAACUGUGUAAAAAGAAGAGUAAAGGUACCAAUGGUUGUAUACGAUUCAUCCGAACUAAACGACACUGAAACAGGUGCUGAAUUCUGUAGCCACUUGUAUAAUAAGGCAACGCACAACUUUGAUGAGGGAUCAUCAAGCGGUCUUUUGAUGCAAAAUGCUGUUACAAGUAAAUGUGGACGUCGUUACCUGGUGCAUAAUAAUGGUCGAUGUAUUCGUGAUCCAUGGGAUGAGAAAAUUGAGGGCGAAGAUUUACAUGAAAUUUGGAAAGCUAUCGAAGAUUCGGAAAAACUUAAUCAAUCAAAUGUUGCUGGUGUCGUAAAUAAUGUACAUGACGAUGAACGUAUAUUGACGUUAUCACAAAAUGCAAGUAGCAGUCAGGAAACAACAGUUCUUAUGGAUACAACAGCAAGUACCAGUAGCAUGCAGUCAAUCCAGAAAAAUGUAGAAGCUGUGUUGGAAGAUGCACUUCUCGAUUGUGGUAGUAAAGAAUUGUUUCGGUGGAGAAGACAAUUGCAAAAGAAGUUUGGCAUGAAUUCCGGCCAAUUCGUCGCUUUAAUGGCCUACUCCUUGCGAGAUGUGGAUCCAUUUGUUCGGCGGAGUUUCAUUCUACAAGCCAUUAUUCCAGCAAAAAAAUCAUAUAUUAGCAGAAUUGCGGAUGCAGGAAGUGGUUUAACAUAUGCGCCAAUAGCUGAUGAAUUGGAGCCAUUUGAAGAGUCGAUGUGUUGGAAAAUAUGCAAGAUGAGAUGGGAUAAUAUGAGUAAUGAAGCUCGAGCAAAAACCUUGAAGUCACUGCCUGGUGAACAUCCUGUAUUUAACUACUUUUUUGCACGAUCAGCUGAACAUUUGUCUGCUGAGAGUGGUAAUGUGCUUGGCAAUUUACCUGUUUUCCGGAGUGUAAUUGAAGUUGAAGUCCCGCGUAAUGCUAUUAAAAUGACAGGUGAUGAUCAGAAAGCGUUGGCAGGAGUACUAGAUACUUUUCGAAUUGGUCGAGGUGAAAGUUUGUUUAAAAAAAAGGGCGAUGAUUUUGGACGAAAAAUUGCACAAAUUCCAAUUGCGACACCAAUACGAAGGCCUGAAAUGCAAUCUGCUUGGGAACGCGAAAGUAUUAUUUCUAAAGAGCAGUCAAGGUCAGCAGUGCCGUCAGCAAUACCAUCAGAAUCGGUUAAUGGUCGUUUGAUAGCAAGUCGUAUGGAUGAUAUUAAUUCUGAAAUAGAUGCAGGCUUUGACAAUGACACUGAUAUGGAUGCUGAUGUGGUAUCAUCACACGUAAAUGACUAUCAUUCAGUUGCCGAUGACGUUCGGUCGCUUGCAUCUAAGCAGACAGAAUUUUCGGAAGAGCUGGAAAAUUUACGAUUAGAAAGUGGUGGUAGAAUUGAUCGUACGGAUGCAGCUUCAGCAUACGGUGAUCUCCAUUUUAUUGACGAAAAACGAGUUGCAGUUAUGGCUUAUUCAAUAGUAAACGAUGAUACACACUGGAAAAAACGAAAGCUUGAUAAAGAAGUUGUUGGAGCUGCAAAAGGGAAGCCACCUAUGAAAUUGGAUAAAAUCGAAAAAAAAAAAGUGAAAAAAGAAGAGGAAAAGGAAGUUUUCGAAAUUGGUGAUUUCGACAAUAUGCCUCUUGCUGUGAUUCGAGAUCGGCAAAGACAAACGAAACGUCCGACUGUACUUGUCAAACGUGAAGAUGAAGUCCUGAAGAUUAAUCGGACACGGCUCGCUACUGAUUUAUUUUAUAAACCGGAGCAAUUUUGUCGUCUGGCUCACGUUUUCUCGGGCGAAUGGGAGAAUCUGCACUGUAAUCGAUCAAUGUCAGCACCAGUGGAUACUAAAGAUGAAGACCUAUCAAAAAUGCUACGACAAACCAUUAGGGAGGAUUUAGAUCCUGAAGAAGCAAUUAAGGAACACAUGUCGUGCUUCAAUGGUUAUUUCGAUGACGCAUGUUUGGAACAGCGAUCAAUGUCAGUACCUUGUACCAGUGAAACAUUUGACGGCAAUAACGAUAAUGACUUAUUUAGCGAAGUUGCUACUCAGGAUAAUGACGAUAAUGAUAAUGAUAGUACAUUGGUACCAAUGUACGAUGUGCCAGUAGUGAAAACCACCCAGAGUUUCUAUUCUGAAGCCGAUUCUGGGGCAGAAGAAGCUGAGAUUUUUGGUGUGAAAUAUUCGGUGAGACAACGACGCAUCAAUGCACCAGCUGUGAAACGAGCAAUUGGUACUAUAUUAUCAAAUGCGAAACUUGAUGCCGAUGCUUUGAAUGCUGAACUCUCUGCCGCACGACAACAGGGAUUCAGUUUUUUAGAUGGUUUGAAUGAUUUGAGCAUUUUAAGCGAGGAUUCUUAUCAGGAUUCAUUUGAUCGCAUCGAACUUAGUAGAGAGGAAGAGCGAUUGCAGUUGAGGGAAGAGGAGGAGAUGACCGAUGAUCCAACAUGUGAGCUACGACAUGCUGAAGUAACAGUAAAAGAUUUUAGAUUAGCAGGUCGACAUACAUUCUCAUCGGUUUUGGCCCAACUUCCUUCGUAUUUAGCUGGACGAACUGCUGAUGAUCUCAGUCCUAUUAAUGCGUUCUCAGUGCUUUUGCAUCUUUGUAAUGAAAAUAAUUUGGAGCUUCUUCAACGUAGGGAUGGUCGUGGCCUGAUAAUGACAACAGAAAUGGGUGAUUUCACUAUAAUAUCUGCCCGGCAAAACAGGGUAAAUCGUAAACGUACUGCCUCAGAAUGUCAAUAA